GAGAAUCUCUUCAAUCGGAGCAAGAACGCGAAAGCUAUGAAGAUUCAAAGUUCAUGAGCUUGCGUUACAAUUGCGGCGGUUACAAAGUGAAGUUGUGGGGUGAAUCUAUAUGGAGGAGGAGAUGGUGUGUGUGGCAUCAACGUGCUGCCUGGCAUCUACCCCAUUGUCAAGACCAACACCACAGCCACCACCAUUACAGUCAGCGGAGACAACUGGUGGUGUUUGGAUGUUGUCAACUUGUUGGUCUCUCUUUGAAUCAGUUGACAAUUCAAAACGAGGCCGUUGAUUGCAGCCAGCCAUUGCCCAAGGCUACUGUCCUUCAAUUGGAUGGCAUUCUGGCCACACCCUGCACUGCCUUUUUCUACACCCUCAAUAGUGACACCUGUUCAUCAAUUACCAAGCAGCUCAACCUAACCUCAGCGGACCUUGCCGCUCUCAACCCCGGCCUUGACUGCUCCAAGCCCAUCAAGGCGGGCCGCUCGGUGUGCAUCGAGCGCAAUGCUGCCCUCGCCUUCACUGUCCCGGAGUGUGUGAGAUACGGCGUGCUGACACCUCUGGACACGUGCAAGCAGCUGUUUAGAAGAACCGCUGUUUAUAAAGAAAGUCCCUUUCCUGAGCUGUUCAGAAACCCGUGGGUAGAGUUCUUCUGCAACAAUCCUGGCCUCACUUGCUCCAGCACCAUUCCCUCCAGUGUUUCAGUUGUCAGCAGCAAGAUUGGCGUGCAGGUUUGUCUCAGAGCUGAAUAUUGGUCAUAGGCUGAACUGAAUUUGGGGUUAAAAGGGGGUUUGGCUUUGAGUUAUUUUAUGUGGUAACCACUCUAGUGAAGCAUGCCAUUAAACUGUUUGACUGAAA